AUGUUCGGCUUCAACUUCUUCAAGUCCGCUCCCGCCGAGGCCGAGGCCACCCAGGAGAACACCUGGAACGGCAACACCGUCGCCAUGCAGCCCUCCAGCCCCGCGGCCCCAACCACCAACCAGGGCGUCGUCUCUGAGCAGCCGUCCGGCCAGGAGCAGAUGCAGCUGCGUGGUGGUGGCGGCGGCGACGUUUGCUGCGGCAUGUAA